AUGGCGUUCCCACAAAGUUCUCGGAAAAAUGACGACAAAUUUGCAAUCACAUUGGACACCGGACUUGGAAGUGAAAACUUCACCAAAAUUGGGUUGCGCACUCCUCAGUGUACACUUAAAGGCACCCUCACGAAACCACAAGAUCUGAGUGUAACCAAGAAGGAAGCUUUUGUAUUUCGGUAUGGUUUUUGGUGGCAGGGUUAUAGGAACAUGUUUUUAAGGAUGCCUAGGAAACCAAGGUUCAAUAUUAUACGGGAACCCCCGAAAGAUGCCGGAACUAAUGACGGUACUGAGGAGACAACGGUUGGGACCACGACUAGAGGAGCUCAGACAUCACGGGAGGAAACACGUGAUAGGGUUCCUCCGAUAUCAUCCUCAGCUAAUAGAGCUCCGGCAACUCGUAUGAAUGAACCGUUUCGUGCACCGCGCAUCGACCAUAGGAAUGCACAAUCGAGUACUGCUGAUGACCCUCAAACUCCAACAGACAACACAGAGACUUGGCAUCGCGCGGAAGUGGCUGAUCAUGAAUUAGCGGAUGAGGAUUACGACCUAGAGGCGGAUGAAGUUCCGUCGUUUGAUGACCACAUUGACGACUUGUUUGCUGCCCAAGAAGUCGAAGGUCAGCAUAACAACAAGAAAGCCAAAGAUACAGAUUUCUGGGAAGUUACUGUUAUCGAAGACGGUGUUAAAAAAGUUUCUAAGCUGAGUGUGAAGGAGGCUAUAGCCCUCCCUUCCAAUACGAAUAUAGUACUCCCAUUUAACAGUCAGCUGCAACCGAUUGGUCAGGCGGCAGGAUUACUAAGUGGUUUCAUAGGGAAUUUGGGUGCGGAUUAUUCCCUGUUCCCCAUACAAUUAGAAAGUUGGAAGCUGGUGAGCAAAGCAAAGAGAGAUCAUGCGUACAACAUGCUUAAGCGGGUCUUUUACUAUGAGGACGAUGCUGGGGGAAAAAUAAAGCGUGAUAUUUUGAAGAGGAUAGGAAAGAACUGGAAGGAUUCAAGACACCACUUGUUUCAUAGGUGUUACAAACAAAUAAGGACUUAUGAGGAAAAUCUUCGGCAUCACCCGCAAGGAAUAGACAAAAAUGAUUGGAAAAAGUUCGUUGACUAUCGCCUGAAUGAAGACACCCAGAAAAAGUGUAAACAGAACACUUUAAAUCGGAGCAAGCAAGUUUACACACAUACUGGGGGCUCCAAAACCUUGGCACGAAAAAAAGACGAAGUGGAGAGAGAGCAAGGGAGGCCCGUUGGUAGAGGAGAGUUGUUUAUCAUGACUCAUAAGAAAAGAGAUGGCUCGUAUAUCCACCCCGAUGCGCGUGUUGUUAGUGAAGCAAUUUCAAAUGUUGAGAGGCAGGAUGGAUCCUCUAAGCAGCUUUCACAGAAUGACUCGUUAGCACAAGUUCUCGGAAAGGAGCACACAGGACGAGUUCGUGCUCUAGGUGCUGGACCAUGUCCCACCCAAAUCUUUGGUAACGCUGCUGGAAUACCAUUGGGUUCUGCAGAGUCCAAUGCAGAGGAUAAGAGGACUAUUGCAGAAUUGACGGCUAAGCUAGAAGAAGAGCGGGCGAAGAGACAAUCAAUACAUAAGGUCUUGGGAUAUGUAGUCCAACAGUUAGGAGGCAAUUUGCCAGUUGAGAUUGCUGAAGAGCUGGCUUUUGUGGGUGAUACACCGGACUCGUCAUGCGUAGGGCCAUCUUCAUCUGGAAACCACGACCCGCAACAAAAACUUUGAAUUUCAACUAAUGGUCUUGGAUACCUUUUACAUUUAAGUUGGUUUAGUAUGUUAGGCUUAUUUUAUCAAACUUGAGCAUUCUUACUUUAUUUUGGAUGAUAU